AUGGGCGAACAGACGAUUCAGCCCGGACAGGAGACCAACAUGAGCCAUAGUGAUGCCACGGACGACAGCGAUACUGCAAUGGUGAAUUCUAACUUGGUUGACUGGGAUGGACCAGACGACCCAGAAAAUCCGAUGAACUGGUCAAAGAGCCAGAAGGCUCUAUUCAUCACGACACUUGGGUACAUCUCAACCCUCAGCCCUCUGGCAUCAUCGAUUGCGGCACCGGGAAUUGCUUCCAUCAAGUCCGAUUUCAACGUCACGGACAUAUACGUCGGGGCGUUCAUGAUAUCAGGAUUUCUCAUCGGCUACUGCUGUGGUCCACUAUUCAUCGCACCACUUUCAGAGAUGUACGGUCGCUAUGUUCUAUACAACGCUGGCAGUCUCUUGUUUCUCAUUUUUAACGUCGCAUGCUCCGUGGCACCCAACUCGGGCAGCAUGAUUGCGUUUCGCAUCUUUGCUGGCAUAGGCGGAUCUGCCCCGUUGACUCUUGGGGCUGCGUCGCUGGCAGACACAAUUCCGAGAGAGAAGAGAGGAGUUGCCAUGAUGGUCUGGACUCUUGGGCCGAUGGUGGGCCCAACCAUAGGGCCCAUUGCGGGAGGGUAUUUAUCAGAAACGAUAGGCUGGCGAUGGUCUUUUCGAGCUGGCGUAGCUGCCCUCGGCACAGCAUUCUGCAUGCCCGAAUCAUACGCCCUGACCCUUCUCGAGCGAAAGGCACGACGACUUCGCCUGCAGACCAGAAACCCACACCUGGAAUCUGUUCUAGCAACCCACCGCAAGCCAAAAGACCUCUUCAUGUUCUCCAUUCUUCGACCGGCAAAGAUGAUGUUUCUCUCGCCCAUUGUUUUCUGCCUUUCAAUUUAUAUGGCCAUCCUCUAUGGCUACCUCUACCUGCUUUUCACAACCUUCCCCCAAGUUUUCAAGCAGCAGUACGGAUUUUCUCAAGGGUCAGCGGGGCUGGCGUACAUCGGCAUCGGCGUGGGGUCCGUGAUCGGUCUCCUGUUUGCCGGUCUAGUGUCAGACAGGCUUGUGCUGAAGUUGUUGGGGGUGGGCAUUGCGUUGUGGUGGAUUUUCGCGUUUUUGUGGGUGCCAGAAACAGGGGGGUGCCGGGAAGUGGGGGGUUUGACUUAUCGACUGCCCCCCAUGCUUAUAGGCGCUAUCCUGGUCCCCAUAGGACUCUUCUGGUAUGGCUGGACCACAGAAAAACAGCUUCAAUGGAUGCUACCUAUCGUAGGAACAGCCAUCCUAGGAUGUGGGAUUGUUAUAGUCCUGAUGUCGAUCUCGACCUAUCUGGUUGACGCAUUUACGACAUACGCUGCUUCAGCCAUGGCAGCCAGCACAGUAACCAGGUCAUUGUUGGGCGCAUUCCUGCCCCUGGCUGGUGACCGGUUGUACCAGAGCCUAGGGCUCGGAUGGGGAAACUCACUCCUCGGCUUCAUUGCUUUUGCCAUGAUCCCAAUCCCCUUAGUUUUCUAUAAGUACGGUCAGGUCAUCAGGGAAAUGAAACUCUUCAAGACUGAGUUCUAG